CUGUGGGGGCGGGGCCAGUACAUUCUGGAGGCCUGAGUCUGAGAGUCACACUGAGGGUGAGGAGAUCCAGCAGCUCUAUAAAACCCAGAUCCAGAACCACAGAACCUCCUCAGAACAGAACCACAGAAACGGUGUCGGAUCAGAACAGGAGAACCGGACUCUUCUGCAGCAAAACUUCUACAGAUUUUUAAACUUCAGAGAAACUUCACCACUAAAAACAGCUGAACUCCCGGCACAGACUAUCUGACUGUACUACUGUCUGAUUAUUCGAUUAAUCGAUUAUCUGACUGUCUGAUUGUUCGAUUAAUCGAUUAUCUGAUAAUCGUGUAAUCGGUGUUUGGGGGUAUUGAUCAUGGCGGAGGGUGAUUUCUACACGUUGGGCGGCAGUAGGCAGCGGAUUCCGCGUAAUCCGUUCUCUUCGCACUUUAUGGACGAUGAUUUUCCGAUGCCUGCGUUUCCGGACGAUCUGUCGAUGGAUUGGCCGGGUUGGGCCCGCCCCCGGCUGAGCGCUCGCCACAGCGCCCCCUGGCCCGGUGCCCUGCACUCGUCCUUCCCCCGCCGCUACACCGAGCCGUCCCGCAGCCCCGCCCCCGGCCCCGCCCCCACCGGCCUCACCGACGAACCCUGGAAGGUUUGCGUCAACGUCCACAGCUACCGACCCGACGAGCUCAGCGUCAAAACCCGAGACGGAUUCAUCGAGGUUUCAGGUAAACACGAGGAGAAACAGGAUGAGGGCGGCAUUGUCACCAAAAACUUCACCAAGAAAAUUCAGAUCCCACAGGAAGUGGACCCCCUCACAGUCUUCGCCUCGCUGUCUCCGGAGGGCGUCCUGAUCAUCGAGUCCCGACAGACUCCUCCCUACUACCUCUACAGCAGCGAGACCCCCGCAGAACCCGCGGACCUACCAGAACCCAACCUACAGGACGCCACCAUGGCCUAGAACCCAGAACAUGCCAUUCCCCAGCGACCCCCCCAGCGACCCCUCAGCAACCUCCCAGUGACCCCCAGCGACCCCCAGUACAGCCAGUCCCGCUGAUCAGUGACGUAACGUGGACGUGAUGUUUCUCCAAGACAGAGUUCAACAUUACGAAUAAUUAAUCACACCAUUCGGGUUAAUUAAUGCCCCUGAGAUACUUCCUAUAUUCAGAGUUCAGUUUAUCAGUGAAAAAAUACCAGAUAAUCAGGGUUUUCUCGAGAUCAGUGUUAGACGUAAACCCUGUACACUGUUAAAAAACUGGGGUCUUAAAGAACUUUUAAGGGUUCUUCAAUUUUAAACUGUGGAGGAACCAGUAUAUAGUACCUUUCUAGACACCCAAUGACACUAAAGUUCAAUCAUGUUCCACAAUUAAUCAUUAAUAAUUUACAUUGAGAACUUAACCAUCACACACCAGCGAAAAGCAGCAGCCAAUCACAUGCAGCGUACUCUCAACCAGAAAUUACUGUCCACCUGGAGAACUGUGUCAAACUGCACUGAGUGCCAAUCCAUAUGUGGAAAUUCAGUCAUUCACACAAAUUUAAACACUUAAAAGUGCAAUUUUAGAGUUUUUAAACAGCAACAUUAAACCAUUUAUAAUUUCAGAUACGUCUAUAAACUAACGUUUAUUCACACAAAUACAAGCGCAAAUGCAGAAUUUCAAACGUUUUCGGGCUACAUGGAACUAAGAAAUUCCCAUAUCUGACUUACAAUAAAAUGCAGUGUAAGUCUAGACCUGGACUAAACUUUCUCUUUUAAUGGUGAAUCACUAUUCAAAAUAAUGUGUAGUUCAGGACUAGGCUUAAUCCUUGUUUGUGAAAACCAUCUUUGAGUGAUUAAAUAUACAAAUAUCAGGGCUUUACUGUUAAAAAUAGCAAAAUAGUGUUACAAAGAGUUAUUUUAGUGAUUUCAUAGGAUGGUGUAAUCUAUACCCAGAACUGAAUAAGAGAAAAUACAGAAUAAUUUACAAUAAACAAUAUUGUUUGCCUAGAUGUUAUUUUUUAUGUAGUUUUGUUUGUGUUUUUCUUUUCUAUUGGAAAAGUGACAAAGUGAAUGAAAACCUACAAAAAAUGAGUUUUCAGAGUAUGAGUAUUCUGCCAAAUAUUUAAUUUAGUUCAGUUCUGAUUUUAUUCUGAUUAAUCUCUACUAUAUAGAGUUUACUGCAUAUUGGUUGGUGCCUAAUAUAAUAUAAUAUAUGAUGAUGUUUUGUUUGACUGAUGUAUAAAUCUUUAUGCAUGACUGUUCUGACCGUGGGGUUCAUUUUACUCAAAUUCUCAAUUUUUCUUCUUUCUUGUUUUGUUUUUGGAAAAUAUACUUUUCUUGAGAAGACGUGGUGUGUUUUUUAACUAACUGUAUUUACAAACGAUGGCUUUAUUUAUCUCCAGAAAAUUGUGGAGGAUACUUGUUUAGUGGAGGAACUCUGAAUGUGUGUUUGAUCAGCUGAUGUUUUCCUGAUGUACAGUUUUUAACUCUGUAAUUCUGAGAAAUGAUCUGAAAUAAAAUAAUGUCUUACUGAAA